UUCGUACAAAAGUCGUUCGUCAUUCAUCCCGACAGCUUCUUCACGGCGCGAGUAGCACAUGCACCAGCUUGAACAAUCACAAAACAUAAGGUAUGCAACAUUUGUUCCCAACUACCAAAUUCCGGGGAGUGGAAGAUUUUCACGUCGACUAUAGAAAUCAAUACAAAAAAAAAGAAGAAGAAAAAAAGCAAAGGACACGCCGGCCAUCUGUUCUUUGAUAUUGCAGCCUUGAAUCCAGCUGUACCAAACCCAGUCACCAUGGUGAUGAGCAUCUCGCCUCAACUGGACUAUUCGAUUUUUAUAGGCCACUCUUUAAUGGUCCCUUUCAUGGUGUGAUGAUGGUAGAUACCUACCUACCUGUUAGCGUUUGUUUGCUUGAUAGGUGUUUUCCAAUGCACGCAUGAGUGGUGCCACGUCAACAAGCAAUCAAGCACCCAACACCAGCUGCAGCCGACAAAGACACUGGCUUCACUUCCUCCAUGUGAAAGCAGAAGCGCUACAGGCGAUGAAAUUUGGGCGGCACGUAGCCGUCGGUAAGGCUACAAUGAUGAUUCCCCGCCGCUUGGUGUGACACGCACCCAAAUCCCAAGACAAAGAAAAGCACUUCGCCCGGCUGCAUGUUCGGUGCCUAGGUAGAUAGCUACUUGCUACGGCCCGGCUUGAGUGUCGCAAAUCCAACAUAACGACGGGCAUCGAUCGUCUUUCACAUUAAAUAUUAUCCGCGAGCUUCAAAUCCAUUUUGUUCCAUUACACUGUCUAUGUCCGUGUGUCAAGGGAUUUUGUCCACGCUCAUCGGCUCUUACUUUCUGCGCUGUAUCACACUCGGAGCGGCUGCUCCAGAUCGAAUCAUUUCCGCUCAGUCGUUGAGCGAGGCCCACGAUGAAUGUGUCGCAAUCGGAAUCGCCGUCCAAAUCCUACUCUGGCUCGCGCUACUUCCGCGAAUUUGUGUCCAAGAUUAGGAAAGAUCCAGACGCCGGGAAGUAUGAGCAUCUCGAAGACUACCCACACGACAUUCUGAGCGAUGAUGAGCUAGGAUUAAGGCUUUAUCACGCCGGAAUUAACCCCUACGAUCAAGACCACUUCCGACACCAGAUUUACAUCGUUGUCGCCGACUCCCCCCAAGGGAAAGCCAGCAAGAUCUGCCCAAUAAACACCGUUGUUGCCGCCUCGCUCACGCUUCAGUGGACCAAACGAGGGGACCUCUGCAAUGCGCUGCUCCUCUCGAUCAAGGGCUUCGGUCAGUGCACGUUCGCCUGGUGCGGUGAGUCGCCGAACCAGAGCAAGUGUGGCUGGUGCGGUCACGGCCAGAGAACACUGCUUUGGAGGAGCAACCAGUGGAAGUGGUUGCCAUACCGACGCGGGAGGGCUUUGCGGCAGGGUGAGAGACACUGCUGCAGAUGGAAUAAGCUGGCUCGGAGAUACGAAUGUUGUCGAUGCAAGGAUCCCGAUAACGCGCUUAUGGGGCCCCUAGACCGGGAAGACGCCGCUUCGAUGCCCCAAUCCGUCCUCCCUGCCACCAUCGAGGGUCACAAGCUGUACAUGAGCAAUUCAGUUGCUGUUGGUAACGGUGCUGCUCAGCCCACUGUCAAUAACUUUCAUUUUUAUGGCAAUAUUUACCAAGCAGCGACAGGGGGUUCAUCCGACGGACCAAUGAUCGGGCCCUCGAGCUACGUGUUCUCAGCCAUGCCUCUCGCGAUCACCAGUCUGCCAAGGGCCAUGAUUGAUUUCACAAGCUCUGUUACAUCAUCGAUGCCACAGACUGGGCUGGAGCCUGGUCGCGUUGUGGGAGAGGUAAACGACGAACAAGGGGGGUCGGGCUCCGGUCCGAGCAAGAUACGAAACUAUACCAGACCAAUGGUGGAGGAGGAUGUCGACGAUGGGGGAAUCAGUAAAAGUGGGUUGGCUGAGAAGUUUUUUAGGGUGGAUGUAAACAAAGCGUCGACUUAGACGUCAACUUAAUGCCAGCCCUGUACUCUUGUGUGAAUGAAUCUUGCAUUUAACCUCGCGACGGUUUUCCUUUUUUUUUCUUUUUUUUUCUUUUUCAUGAAUCACAAGAACAUGUCAAAAUAUUUCCAGUUUAUUGAGGUAGAUAUCUUCAAGGUUUCCGUCAUUUCACAUGGAAACAGCCGAAAUAUUUAUACUAACGAAAAUAACGGGUUAAGGUUCCCACUUCCUUACCCAUACAAUUUGAGAGCCAGCCUCUGAUCCCUCCCGUGUCAGGCACCACCUACGCCUCCCUAAAGUAGGGGCUAAAAAAGGACACACUUAGCAACCGACCUUGAUAGCCUGG